GCCCAUUCGCUGCUCUCUCUGCUUACCCUUACAUCGCUCAGAUCUUCUGAAAUUUAGCAUAUGGCUGGAGAAGAUUUUGAUCAAUCCAAUGCAGGUGGUAUGCCUGAGCUUACACAACCUCUGCAUGCACAAGAACCUGAAAACAAUUCUGGAGGAGGUGAAGGAAAAAAGUGGCCAGGAUGGCCUGGAGAGAACGUUUUCAGGAUGUUGGUUCCUGUGCAGAAAGUUGGUGUUAUCAUUGGCUGCAAAGGGGAGUUUGUUAAGAAAAUUGCUGAGCAGACAAGGGCUAGGAUUAAAGUACUUGAUGGUCCUCCUGGGAUCUCAGAAAGAGCUAAAUGCCUUUUCUGGGAUAUGGUUCCAAGUAGUUUUGCACUGUAUCUGGUCCUGGUUUCUGCAAAAGAAAAGCCUGAUGUUCCUGUUCCUCCUGCCAUGGAUGCUUUGCUUAGAGUUCAUAAAAGAAUUGUUGAUCUAGAUGUUGAUCUGGCCAGUGAAACAACAGAUGCCGGGAAUACAGUUAUAACAAGGGUUCUAGUGGCUGAUAAUCAAGCAAGGAGCUUGAUUGGAAAGCAGGGAUCCACUAUAAAAUCCAUAAAAGAAGCUUCUAAUUGCUCAGUUCGAAUUCUUGGAUCAGAACACCUGCCACCUUUUGCUUUGCAAAAUGAUAGUGUUGUUGAGAUACAAGGUGAAACUGCAGCUGUGCACAAAGCAGUUGAGCUAAUUGCAAGCCAUCUCCGGAAGUACUUGGUUGACCGCAGCAUAAUUGGAGUAUUUGAAAUGCAAGUUCUAGUUUAUGUUCUUCAUGAUAACAUUAAAGUUCAGACUGGACUGCAAUGUAGUUCCAUUUCAUGUCAGAUGCAAAUGCCAAAAGCCAGAGCAAACCAGAUUACACCCAUGCCUGAAUCUUGGGUUCCUCUUGGUUUUGAUAUGAAUCCUGAUGAUCAACCUGGCUUUGGGCCAAAUACUCUAUUUAUUCAGCCACCAACUCAAUUUGGCAAUUACUAUGCAAAUCAUGGUCAACCUUCUUUUGACAUGUAUCCCCAUCAGGAUCCAACAGCAUAUGGAAGGGAUCAUUCUACCGGAGGUCACUUGUCAAAUGUACAGGCACAAGAGUCAGUUGUUACAAAGGUCACAAAAAACAUGCAGAUAUCUCUUUCAUAUGCUGAUGCUGUAAUUGGGCCGUCCGGUGCAAAUAUAAGUUAUAUACGUCGUGCUAGUGGUGCUGCUAUUGCAGUACUGGAAACAAGGGGUGUACCUGGGGAGAUGACUGUUGAAAUUAACGGAUCUGCUUCUCAAGUUCUAGCAGCUCAGCAGAUGAUACAGAACUUCAUGGCUGAAGCUGAAAGCCCUGUACAUAAACCAGGAGGUGGAUCAAUCCAUCCAGAUUAUGGGGCUGGAGAUUAUGGAGCAUUGCACGGCACCAAUUAUGGUUGCUAAGUUUUGGCCUGGAAGAUUUUCAGUCACCAACUUCUUCCAAGUUCAAACCAAAUUUGUCUAGGAUAGGAAGCCCUCAUAUUUCCAGUUCCUGUCUGCUCAAUGUCAUUAUGAAUUUAUCUUAUUGUUUCAAGUACAUUUUACGCCAUUUCAAAUCAAUCUUAUCUUCCCAA